AUGACGGGCAAAGCGGGCGCGGCGCUGGCCCCCAGCCUGCCCGGUAAGCCCAAGCCCGACGGCGCGGCCACCGCCCCCGCCGUCCCGCCGCCGCCCCCUCCGCUUCCCGCGGCUGGGACCAAACCCAACUCCGGGCCCACCCCUCCCCGCUGCACCGGCUUCGGCAUCCAGGAGAUCCUGGGCUUGAACAAGGAGCCACCGUCGCACCCUCGGGCCGCCCUGGACUCUCUGCCCGCCGGGCACCUGCUGGCGGCCCGCUCCGUGCUCAGCCCCGCCGGGGUGGGCGGGGUGGGCAUGGGGCUGCUGGGCGCCGGCGGCAUCCCUGGCUUCUACACCCAGCCCACCUUCCUGGAGGUGCUCUCCGACCCCCAGAGCGUCCACCUGCAGCCCCUCGCCCGGGCUCCCGGGCAGCUGGACAGCAGCCAGACGGCCAGCUCAGACUCCGAGGAUGUCUCCUCCAGCGAUCGGAAAAUGUCCAAGUCCUCCCUAAACCAGAGCAAGAAACGAAAGAAGAGGCGGCACAGGACAAUCUUCACAUCCUACCAACUGGAGGAGCUGGAAAAGGCCUUCAAUGAGGCCCACUAUCCUGAUGUAUACGCUAGAGAGAUGUUGGCCAUGAAAACAGAGUUGCCAGAAGACAGGAUACAGGUUUGGUUCCAGAACCGCCGGGCCAAAUGGCGGAAGAGGGAGAAGUGCUGGGGCAGGAGCAGCGUGAUGGCUGAGUAUGGGCUCUACGGUGCCAUGGUGCGACACUCCAUCCCGCUGCCCGAGUCCAUCCUCAAGUCUGCCAAGGAUGGCAUCAUGGAGUCCUGUGCCCCUUGGCUCCUGGGGAUGCACAAAAAGUCUCUGGAGGCAGCGGCUGAGGCGGGGAGGAAGACGGAGGUGGAGCGCCAGGCCCUGCCCAAGCUUGACAAGGGUGACAAGGAAGAGAGGGGCCCGGAUCCCAAAACCACCAUUUCCCAGGAGGAACUGAGAGAAAACAGCAUUGCUGCCCUCAGGGCCAAAGCUCAGGAGCACAGCACCAAAGUCCUGGGGACCAUCGCUGGGGACGCCCCUGCUCCAGGCAGGAAGACGGAGAUGGGGGAGGAGGUGGUGGCAGUGGAGGAGGAGCGACAGAUGGAGAAGUCAAACUCGUCACAGAAGGAGGAGAAGCUGAUCUAGGGGGGGAAGAGUUGGCAGAAGCCAUUCCUGACAGACACUGUGUCCUCUGGGGGC